GUUUAGACGACUUCUUGAUUAUUAUUAUCUCUCUCGUCCCGCCUCAACUAAAGACUUGCUCUUUACAAUUGACAUACACAAGUUAGGGUUUUCAAAGAUGUCUGGUGCAGCUGCUAUGGACAUGACCCUUGAUGAUUUGAUAAAGGUUAAUAAGAAAUCCAGCGGCGCCUCCAGAGGCGGCCGAACCCGACCCUCUGGUCCUGGACCAGUUCGCCGCUUCUCUAAUCGCGGUGGAAGUCGGCCUGCUCCCUAUGCGACAUCCCAGGUUACGGCACACCCGGCGCAAGCAGGAGCUCGUCCCACUUCCAUAGAAACCGGAACCAAGCUGUAUAUAUCAAACCUAGAUUAUGGCGUUUCUAACGAGGAUAUUAAGGAACUAUUUUCAGAAGUUGGUGAUAUUAAACGCUAUGGAAUACAUUACGAUAGAAGUGGGAGAUCAAAGGGAACAGCAGAAGUUGUCUUUUCCAAACGACAGGAAGCUGUGGCAGCAGUCAAGAGAUACAACAAUGUACAGUUGGAUGGGAAACCUAUGAAAACAGAGAUUGUGGGAACAAACAUUGCCACUCCAGCUAUAGCUCCCAUUGCAAGUGGACCCCUAGGGAACUAUAAUGGCGUUCCAAGAAGUGGACGAGGAAGGGGUGGUGGUGCACCAGCAAGGAACCGUGGAGGGCGUAAUUUUGGGAGAGGGGGCCGUGGAGGAGCAGGUAAGAGCCGUGGUGAGAAACCAUCUGCUGAAGAUCUUGACAAGGAUUUGGAUUUGUAUUAUGCAAAAGCUACAGAUGCAGGAGCAGACACAAUGGAGGCCAACUGAAGGGAUCCAUCCUUGUUCUUUCAAUUAAAUGGCUGAUGCCUUCACUUAGUUGUUUUUUGCCUGAUGAUGCAUUAUUCUGGACUCUUUUAUUUGUUUUUUCAAAGAAUCAACUACUUAUGACCAGAAGAGAAAGAGAGAGAGAGAGUACACUAUUAGGACACCAGGGGAUUUUACUAUUGAUAAUGUAUGUUUUUUUUAGGGUAUGCUGCUUGGUCAGACUUUUCUAUAUGUAUUUAUGUACACUAGAUUUAG